AUGGAUUGUUUAUUGGAUGUUUUCUCUUUUCUAUCAACCUCUCAAAUUGUCAAAUUCUCGUUAAUUUCAACCCAAAUGUCAAAAUUUUGUGAUUAUUUAUUAAAUAAAAGAAGUUUUACUCUGUGCCCAAUAAAAAUAAGUAAAGAAUGGAGAAAUAAUUUUUAUGGAAUUUAUCAAUUAAAUUAUCCUCGGAAACGUCUUGGAAAUUUAACUUUGCCUUUAGAAUCUCUUCCUGUUUGGAUUAAUGGAAUUGAAAUGAUGCAAUUUAUAAACCCAAAUAUUGAUUGUAUUGAAUUUCUGUACUUAUUCAAAAAUUAUUUAAAUAAUUGCCAUCUUUUAUUUGCCCAAACUUCAAUUUGGAAAAAUUUACACGAAAUUGGACAACUUUUUAUAUUUUUCAAACUUUUUAAUAAUUUUUGUUUUUCUUUUGAACAAAAAUUGGAAAAUAAAUUUUUUGACAAAAAAUUUGGAAUUAUGGGAGAAAUUUUUCCUUUUAUGUUCCCUUUGUGGGCUAUUUUUAAUGGAAUAUUUUUAAAAGAAUUGAGAGAUAUGGAAUUUCAAUUAGAAUUUUUAUAUUUUAAUGGUUCUUCUUUUUUGAAAUGGUUACACCAUCCAAGUAAUGAAAAUAAACCUAGAAGACUUAAAUUAUUUACUGGAAAUAAUGAAUGUGGUAAAAUUAUUUUGGAUAUUUCUUCUUUAAUUCAAAAAUUAAAAGAGGUACUAAUAAUAAUUAUUUAA